GUUUUAGGUGAGGGUUUCGAUCCCGCGAGAGGAAUGGACUCCCUGGACACGGAGAUCGCCCGGGGCCCAGGAGGAGCGGCGAAGAUGGAGGAGGUGGCGCCGCUCACCUCCGUCACCUUCGACGCCGACCUCUACGGCGGCACGAACCGCUUCGAGGGCUACGAGCGCUCCAUCGCGGUCACCGAGGAGGACGACGACCAGGACGCCGACGGCCGCGACCUCGCGCGCCGGAUGGCCUCCUACACCGGCCCCAAGUCCCUCAAGGAAAUACCCAGGGGCGCCGAGGCAGAGGACGACUCCGGCUUCAAGAAGCCCCAGCGGAUCAUCGACCGGGAGGACGAUUACAGGCGCCGGCGGCUCCAGAGAAUCAUAUCGCCGGACAGGAACGAUCCGUUCGCCAGCGGGGGCACGCCAGAUCCCUCGGUGAGGACCUAUGCUGAUGUGAUGAGAGAACAGGCGCUCCAGAAGCAGAAGGAGGAGAUGCUGAAGGAGAUCGCCAAGAAGAAGGAGGAGGAGAAAAAUAAGGCGGCAGCAGAGCCGGCUCCCCCAGCCCAGAAGAGGAGGAACAGGUGGGACCAGUCACAGGAGCCGCCGGAUGCUGCAACCAAAAAAGCAAAGACUACGUCCGAUUGGGAUGCUCCUGAUUCGACUCCUGUAGGGCGAUGGGAUGCGACUCCAACCCCUGGGAGGGUUGCUGACGCCACUCCUUCGGUGAGGAGGAACCGAUGGGAUGAGACACCGACUCCUGGGCGCUUGGCUGAUGCUGAUGCUACGCCUGCUGCUGGUGGAGUCACCCCUGGUGCAACCCCUGCAGGCAUGACAUGGGAUGCCAUCCCAAGCUCAGGCCUUGCCACCCCUACGCCCAAGCGCCAGAGGUCGAGGUGGGAUGAGACCCCAGCAAGCAUGGGCAGUGCCACACCAUUGCCUGGUGCUGCAACCCCAGCAGCUGCGUUCACUCCCGGGGUUACUCCUGUUGGUGGGGUUGAUCUCGCAACCCCAACCCCUGGGGCUAUCAAUCUCCGUGGCGCCAUCACUCCAGAGCAGUAUAAUCUGCUGAGGUGGGAGAGGGAUAUUGAGGAGAGGAACCGCCCAUUGACGGAUGAGGAGCUCGACGCAAUGUUCCCACAAGAAGGGUACAAGAUUCUCGACCCACCUGCAUCUUAUGUGCCAAUAAGGACUCCUGCAAGGAAGCUAUUGGCUACUCAUCCUCUGGGCACUCCUCUUUAUACGAUCCCUGAAGAGAAUCGUGGGCAGCAGUUUGAUGUUCCAAAAGAAGCUCCUGGUGGGUUGCCUUUCAUGAAGCCUGAGGAUUACCAGUACUUUGGAGCUCUGUUAAAUGAAGAGGAAGAGGAGCAGCUCUCUCCAGAGGAGCAGAAGGAGAGGAAGAUCAUGAAGCUAUUGCUCAAGGUGAAGAAUGGGACGCCGCCACAGAGGAAAACAGCACUUCGGCAGCUCACAGAUAAGGCCCGGGAAUUUGGGGCUGGUCCACUCUUCAACAAGAUCUUGCCUUUGCUCAUGCAGCCAACUCGAGAUCAAGAGCGCCACCUUCUGGUCAAAGUUAUUGACAGGGUGCUAUAUAAACUAGAUGAGCUGGUUCGGCCUUUUGUUCACAAAAUUCUCGUCGUUAUAGCUCUUUUGAUUGAUGAGGACUAUUAUGCUCGUGUGGAAGGGAGGGAGAUAAUUUCCAACCUUAGUAAAGCAGCUGGUCUUGCCACUAUGAUUGCUGCAAUGAGGCCAGAUAUUGAUAAUAUUGAUGAGUAUGUGAGAAAUACAACGGCAAGAGCUUUCAGUGUGGUGGCUUCUGCUCUUGGUAUUCCUGCUCUCUUGCCAUUUCUUAAAGCUGUCUGUCAGAGUAAGAAGUCCUGGCAAGCACGGCACACAGGUAUCAAGAUUGUGCAGCAGAUUGCAAUUCUAAUGGGAUGUGCUGUUCUUCCGCACCUAAGGUCCCUUGUGGAAAUUAUAGAGCAUGGUCUCAGUGAUGAGAAUCAGAAGGUGAGAACUAUUACUGCCCUGUCUCUCGCUGCACUUGCUGAAGCAGCUGCACCUUAUGGUAUAGAGAGCUUUGAUUCAGUGUUGAAGCCUCUUUGGAAGGGUAUUAGAUCUCAUCGUGGGAAGGUUCUUGCUGCUUUCUUAAAGGCAAUUGGUUUUAUCAUUCCUCUCAUGGAUGCAGUAUAUGCGAGUUAUUACACAAAGGAAGUGAUGAUUAUACUGAUCCGUGAGUUCCAGUCACCAGAUGAGGAAAUGAAGAAGAUUGUGAUCAAAGUUGUCAAGCAGUGUGUGAGUAGAGGCGUGGAGGCAGAUUACAUCCGGAAUGACAUUCUUCCUGAGUUCUUCAGAAACUUCUGGGUCAGGAGGAUGGCUCUGGAUCGCCGGAAUUACAGGCAGCUUGUGGAAACAACUGUGGAGAUAGCAAACAAGGUAGGGGUUGCAGAUAUUGUAGGAAGAGUUGUGGAGGAUCUUAAAGAUGAGAGUGAGCCUUACAGACGUAUGGUGAUGGAGACAAUUGAAAAGGUUGUUGCCAACUUGGGGGCGUCGGAUAUUGAUGCUCGGUUGGAAGAGCUUCUUAUUGAUGGGAUUUUGUAUGCCUUCCAAGAACAGACAAGUGAUGAUGCAAAUGUUAUGCUUAAUGGAUUUGGUGCUGUAGUGAAUGCCUUAGGGCAGAGGGUUAAACCUUACCUUCCACAAAUCUGCGGUACUAUAAAGUGGCGUCUGAACAACAAGAGUGCGAAAGUCAGGCAACAAGCAGCUGAUCUUAUAUCACGGAUUGCCAUUGUCAUGAAGCAGUGCCAUGAAGAGCAACUGAUGGCUCUUGGUGUUGUUCUGUAUGAGUACCUGGGCGAGGAGUACCCUGAGGUCUUGGGAUCUAUUUUAGGAGCUUUGAAAGCCAUAGUUAAUGUUAUUGGUAUGACUAAAAUGACACCACCUAUCAAGGAUCUGCUUCCCAAGACUGACCCCCAUCUUAAAGAAAGACAUGAGGUCCAGGAGAACUGUAUUGACCUUGUUGGUAGGAUUGCUGAUCGUGGUGCCGAGUUUGUCCCUGCCAGAGAGUGGAUGAGGAUCUGCUUUGAGCUUCUUGAGUUGAAGGCACACAAGAAGGGUAUCAGGAGAGCGACUGUGAACACUUUUGGAUAUAUUGCAAAAGCUAUCGCACAGGAUGUCUUGGCAACCCUUCUGAACACCUGAAGGGUACAAGAGCGUCAGAAUCGUGUGUGUACUACUGUUGCUAUUGCCAUAGUUGCAGAAACUUGCUCUCCAUUUACGGUUUUUGCUGCCCUUAUGAAUGAGUACCGUGUGCCGGAGCUGAAUGUUCAGAAUGGGGUUUUAAAGUCUCUCCUCUUUUAUUUGAGUAUAGUAGGAGAAAUGGGCAAGGAUUACAUAUAUGCUGUUACACCUUUGCUCGAGGAUGCUUUGAUGGACAGGGAUCUUGUUCACAGGCAGACUGCUGCUUCAGCUGUUAAGCACAUGGCUCUGGGAGUUGCCGGGUUGGGUUGUGAGGAUGCACUAGUCCAUUUGCUCAAUUAUGUGUGGCCGAACAUAUUUGAGACUCCCCAUGUUAUAAAUGCUGUGAUGGAAGCCAUUGAGGGGAUGAGGGUUGCAUUAGGUGCAGCUGUCGUUCUGAAUUACUGUCUUCAGGGUUUAUUCCAUCCGGCAAGGAAAGUUCGGGAGGUGUAUUGGAAGAUCUACAACUCACUGUACAUUGGAUCCCAAGAUGCACUUGUGGCUGCUUAUCCAACAUUAGAUGAUGAGGAGAACAAUAUUAGCAGGCCAGAGCUUUUGAUGUUCGUUUAAACAUGCCAUGAAGUCUAGAAGCUACUUUACACAUUGAAAAUAUUUGAUGCUUCUGUUAUAUAAAAGGUCUCUGGCAUGGCUUUAUUGUUCCAGUUUCUUCAUGUUCCAUCCUAAAUUCUGUGGCAAUCGGCUGUUGGGUUUUGCUCCAUAACCCCUUUGUACUGCAUCAAGUAAACUGUCAAAUAUUGUCUGCGGACAUUUUAUGGUGCUUGGUUUCUGUUCUUCAUUUUGCUAAUUUACUAGUGAGCUGCUGCAGGCAGUGGCUGGGACUGGAAAUACUGUGGUAUUAAAUAUUGACAAACUCCUUAAAUGGGAAGUUUCUUUGAUCAUCA